AUGGAGAACUAUAACAUUUAUGACGAAAUUGGACGUGGCACGCACUCGUUUGUGUACAAAGCGCGACGUAAGCAAAGUAUCGAAUACGUAGCCGUCAAAUCGACUGCUAAGAGUCGCAUGGAUAAGAUCUUAAACGAGGUUCCGUUUCUGCAUAAACUCGACAGUCCUUAUGUGCUCAAGUUCUUUGACUGGUACGAAUCAUCCAACCACAUUUGGCUUAUACUGGAGUAUUGUAUGGGCGGGGAUCUGCUCAAUCUCAUUACACAGGACAAACAACUUCCCGAAGCCGUCAUCAAGUCAUUUGGAAGGGAACUUGUGGCUGGAUUGCAGUAUCUGCACGCCAAUAGCAUUUUAUAUUGUGAUUUAAAACCUGCAAAUAUUCUUAUUGAUGAGUUUGGGUCCUUAAAGCUGGCGGACUUUGGACUUGCCCGACGCAUUCCUGGAAUCAAAUCAGCACCAACACAACCACUUGCACUUGGUUCGCCGCAUUAUAUGGCACCUGAGUUGUUUCAACAAACGGCAGUGCAUAGUUUUGCAUCGGAUUUUUGGGCUCUGGGAUGCGUGCUGUUUGAACUCCGAACCGGGCGACAACCAUUUACACAUACUAAUUUUGCCGAGCUUGCACGAAUGAUUCAAAACGAUGCAGUGGAGCUUCCCAUUCCCGGAUGUGAAAUGUCGCUUGAGUUUUGCAAUCUCUUGAAGCGCUUGCUAGUUAAAGACCCUUAUCAGCGGAUCACUUGGAAUGAAUUAGUCGGUCACCCAUUCUGGGACAGUUUGCCUCGCCUCGAGAAUGUUAUCAUGCCUUCGCAGGAAUUAUUUGAUAGGAAAUUGCCGGUAUCGCUAAAGAAUCGUUCCAGCAGGGAUAGCGAUUUCGAAAAAUCUCGGCUCGAAAACAAGUUUUGCACUGAACGAAGCGAGUGA